AUGAUCUUCAAGAGCCCUAUCCUUGCUUUGACUGUUAUCUUCUUGUGGAAAUGCCCUCUUUAUAUGCCAGAGCAUCCAUUUAACGGUUCCGACAAGGAUUCUGAAUCUUUGAAGCGCAAAUCUAGCACUAUCAGUACUCCCAAGCCCCGGAAUUUUGAUCUAUGCUCCUCACUAUAUGCGGGUGUUUCGAUCAUUCGGGAACUGGCCUUCUUAGAGUUAUCUCGCUAUCUGCUGACAACGGCAGAAAUUCAAGAUGCCGCACGACAACGUGUAGACCAAGAGCAGCUCAUCGCUAGCCGUGAUGCAGUAGCUCCUUCUCCUAACAUUCCUCCAGCAAACCCUGCUGAGAUAUAUCAGAGAGAGCUACGGCGUUUAUCCAAGCACUCCAGGAGUAGUGUCAGUCAGAAUGGAGGGGCACCGUAA